GAUCCUCGUUUCUCAUCCAUGACCACAGAUCCCCGUUUCCGUCUUCCCUCGGCACGACACAGCAAAGUAGGCGUCGACAAGCGUUUCACCAGCAUGUUCAAGGACGACGACUUCUCAAAGAAAGCCACUGUCGACAAGUACGGUCGCAAGGUUGCAAAGGGCAAUGCCAAGAAAGAGUUGGAACGCUUUUACAAGAUCGAGGGAGAUGAGGAAGAUGAGGAUGAGGAGUCAGAGGAAGAGAUGGGAAAAGCACAGAAAGUCAAGGCUAAGAAGAGCAAGAAGCCGGCGAGAGAGGUUGUGGGUAGCGAUGAGGAAAGCGAAGAGGAGGUUGCUGAUGAUGAUGAGAUUGAGGCUGAGCUCGAGAGACUGGACGGCAGAGUCAGGGAUCCCGCACGAGAGGGUGGUUUCUCUUCUUCUGAAGAUGACAGCAGCUCCGAGGACGAUAGCGAAGAGGAGGAAGAGAUUGAGGAGGAUGCAGUAGAGUUCCCUAACGAGGGUGCUGCUGAUGUGCCUCUUGGUGACGUCUCGUCUCGUCUGGCUGUCGUCAAUCUUGACUGGGACAACAUUCGCGCAGAAGAUCUUAUGGCUGUCGCACAGAGUUUCGCUUCCACUGGCCGCGUCUCCAGGGUCGUCGUAUACCCCAGCGAAUUUGGCAAGGAGCGCAUGGAGAAGGAGGAGCUCGAAGGCCCACCUAGAGACAUUUUCGCCAGCGCAACAAAGGAGGUGGACGAGGACGAGGACACCGAUGACGAGGAAGAGAGAAUCAAGAAAGAGCUGUUGAAGGGAGACACAGGCGAGGAAUUCGACUCUGCGAAGCUGCGCCAAUACCAGCUGGACCGCCUAAAGUACUACUACGCCGUCAUCACCUGCGACUCCAAGGACACAGCAAAGGCGCUUUAUGAUGGCAUGGACGGCCGUGAAUACCUCUCCACAGCAAACUUUUUCGAUCUACGAUUCAUCCCUGACGAGGUUGACUUUGACACUGACACACCUCGCGACGAGUGCACAAAGAUAGCCUCAGGCUACAAGCCCAAUGAAUUCGUCACCGAUGCCCUUACCCACAGUAAAGUCCGCUUGACGUGGGACGCCGAUGAUACGACAAGAAAAGAAGUUCAGAAACGUGCCUUUUCACGCGCCGAGAUCGACGAGAACGAUCUGCAAGCGUACAUUGGCAGCGACAGCAGCGAUGAUGAAGAGAAUGACACAGGCUUGACAAAGGCAGAGCAACAGAGACAAAAGAUGCGCGCUGCAUUGGGUCUGUCUUCUGAAGCAGUAAAGACAAAGUCCAAGGAUGAUGGCCCAGUGGGAGACAUGCAAAUCACCUUUACAUCUGGUCUGUCAAAUGCCGCUGCAUCAAAGGGUGCCAACGGCGUCUUUGAAAACACCCCCAUUAUCGAAGAAACCACACGCGAGAAGUACGUCCGCAAGGAAAAAGAACGCAAAGCUCGCCGCAAGGAAAAAAUGAAGGCAGCCCGCAACGGCGAAACCAUCGAAGAAGCAGCCUCAGACAACGACACCAUUCUAGCCCGCAAAGCCGACCGUCAGAAGAAGCGCGAGGCCCGCGAAGCAGCAGAUGCCGCCACCGCCGCCAAACGCGCCGAACUGGAAUUACUCAUGGUAGACGAAAACACGGCUUCAGAAAACAUCCGUCACUUCAACAUGAAUGAAAUCGCCAAAGCCGAGAAAGUGCUCAAGAAGAAGAGCAAGAAUAACAAGAAAGCCAAGGAUGCAAAAGAAAUCUUGGAACAGGAUGAUUUCAGCAUGGAAACUCAGGAUCCGAGAUUUGCGCAGUUGUUUGAGAGUCACGAGUUUGCCAUUGAUCCCACGAAUCCGAGAUACAAGAACACGCAGGGUAUGAAGGCUUUGUUGGAGGAGGGAAGGAGGAAGAGAAAGGGUAGAAGUGAUGAAGAUGGUGAGAGGGCUGAUGCGCCGCCGGUGGAGAAGAGGGAAAAGAAGGUCAAGACCGAGGCUUCCUCUGCUGGUGGUGAGGAUCUGAACUCGUUGCUUGCUAGAGUCAAGGCAAAGACAAAGAGCAGAUGA